AUGGAGCACCCGGAGAAGGAGAAGGAUCGCACAUCUGACGAAGUGACCAUCGCCGCCGACGCGCCCCCGCACCAGGAGACGGAGCACCAGCGGCACCAGCGCGAGCUCGAGGCUGUUGUGAAAGAGUACGUCGAGCCCGAUCACCCCAAGGUCGACUACGGAGAGAACCCAGAUGGCGGUCUACGAGCUUGGCUCGUUGUCAUUGGGUGCGCCGCUGGGACGUGUGGGACGUUUGGGCUGGUGAACGCCUGGGGUGUAUUUCAAGCGUAUUACCAACAGUCAAUCCUCCCUGGAACGUCGACAUCCACAAUCUCCUGGAUAGGUUCCGUCCAAUAUGCGCUUGUCUUCCUGCCGGGACUCGUCGUCGGUCGUUUGUUCGACAUGGGGUACCUCAAGUCAAUGCUGGGCGCGGCGAGCGCGGUCCUGGUCGCCGCCACAUUUUUGACUGCGCAAUGUACUCAGUAUUGGCAAUUCCUCCUUUGCCAGGGAAUCGCGCUAGGGCUCGCGUGUGGUGUCAUUUUUGGGACUAUCGUCGCCAUCCCUGCGCACUGGUUCAAACACAAACUCGGUGCCGCUCUCGGUGUCAUGGCACUCGGCUCCAGCGUGGGCGGGACGCUCUUUCCCAUCGCCGUCAAGAACCUAGUCCAGCAAGUAGGCUUCCAGUGGACGAUGCGCAUCCUUGGCUUCCUCGAAAUUCUCCUGCUCGGAUUUCAGUUCGUUACUGUAGAGCGCCGACUCCCGCCGAAGCCGCGCUCCGGUCCCUUCGUCGACCUCACCGCGUUUAAGGAUAUUCGAUACUUGCUUUACAGCCUGUCGAGUCUGGUCUCGUUCUUCGGCCUGUACACGGUUCUCACCUACCUGGACGUAGCCGCAGUUCAACAAGGCAUCUCGGACAAUCUCGCCUUCUAUCUGUUGUCCAUCGCGAAUGCGUGCUCUGCCGUUGGUCGUGUGGUCGGCGGUCUUGUCGCAGAUAGGUGGACAGGGCCGCUAAACAUCAUGAUCCCCGCGACGUUUCUGGCCGGAAUCAUGACCUACGUCUGGCCGUUCGUCAACCACACCGUCGGCGGGAACAUUGGGAUCGCGAUAGUCUACGGUGCCUCCUCCGGGGUGUACGUCUCCCUGCUCGCCGCGCCGAUAGUGCGCAUCAGCAAAGUCCAAGAAGUCGGCGUGCGCGCGGGCAUGAGCUUCACGCUCGUCGCCGUCGGCGGCAUCGCCGGGCCGCCCAUAUCUGGGGCGAUUCAGACUGUGACGGGCGGGUUCAAGGAUACCGGCAUAUACGCAGGGUCCGCGGUCAUGGUUGCCGUGGCAUUCAUGUUUGCCGCGCGAUACGCCAUCUUGGGCGGGCUUUGGGGCAGGGUCUGA